AUGAAAUUGGUUGGCCACAGAGAUACCAUCACACACGAGAAGAUAAUCACAAACAAUCCCAGCCUUCACGAGAAAAAGAACCUCACAUUUGACGAAAAGAUGAAGGAGCUGAAAGCAGAUUUUGGGGAGUUGAAAAGAGCCUUAGAGGCAGAUAUUGGGGAGUUGAAAAGAGCCUCAGAAGCAGAUAUUAGGGACUUGAAAGGAGAGAAAGUGAGGACUGAAAGAUUGGAAAGAGUCUUAGAAACAGAGAAAGUGAAGACUGAAAGAUUGGAAAGAGUCUUAGAGACAGAGAAAGUGAAGACUGAAAGAUUGGAAAGAGUCUUAGAGACAGAGAAAGUGAAGACUGAAAGAUUGGAAAGAGAUAAGAUGUUAAGAUAUGAGGGAGAGACGGUCAAUAUGAGAAAGCGACUAUGGGAAAUGACGCGUGACAACACGGAUUCUACGCAGAAGAUAUAUGAGUCAACUUCGAUGAAAACCGCUAGAAAGCAACGAAGUCGAUCCGCACAUCAAACUGAUUUGGACACAGUAAUGAAGCUAGCCGAUAAAGAUCCUCAAUCUUAUGACAUCCUUUUAGAUGCGAUAUAUGGAGCGUCAAAAAAAGAUAUCAAACUCCUGAUUGACGCGGACAAGACUGGUGGGAAUCAAGUUUAUAACAUCUUGAAUGACCGUGGUUCAGCUUUCCACAAUCAUUAUGCCAACACUUGUAUAAAGCCUUUCAAUUUGUGGUUAUCAGUAGUGCGUGGUCUUCAAAGUAUACAAUCAAAUACAGCGAACAAACCAUCUUCUGAUCACGAAAGUUGUGUUCGAACACAAAAGGCUAAGGUCCAGGAAUCGAUUCGAGAAUGGGAUGCAGCUCUUGAAGUGGAUAAGUCCAAGAGAGAUACCAAUACGAAGACAUGUCAAAGGGAAAUUCUGAAGGAUUACGAAGACAGAGAUCUGAUUCCAUAUAUACAGAAAUUGUCUGUUCCUAGAGGAGAAAGUAAGGCUUCAUGA